UCCUGGUCCGAGCGGCGAGUGGGACAUGCACCUCACAUCACUUCUUCAUCAUGCAGAUUUCACGCCUCACCUCAUCUGACCCAUCACCCAUCAACCCAACAUGGGAAGGCGCACCAGACGCCGAAAUGGCGGCAUCGCUGUGCAGCGUGCGCCCAUGAACCUCCGCCUCUUGACCACGCGAUAUGGCGCUUCCUCCCAGCCACUGAAUCUCAACGCGUCGGCACAUCAUCCCCGCCGCGAAAACUGGGAUGACUGGGUAGCUGUCGACGAUCGGCGAGAUAUAGGAACACUUGUGAGCGCGCUCAAAACGUGGUUCCCUUCUCUGGACAAUGCGUUUUCCGACAGCGAGUGGGAGGACCUGGAGAGCCUUAGCAACAAACGCGCAAGCGUGGAGGAGAGCCGGCACGCGAACUCGAGCAAGGAGAGAGGCAAGGAGUGGGUCAAGGGAAAGGGCAAAGGAAAAGGCAAGGCGCGCGCAAGCGAGGAUGAGGGUGAGCGUCGCCCGUCCACAUCCUCCCUCCAAUCUGUGCUCGAGGAAGAUGAAAGCUCCAUGUCAGGCGCGGACGCCGACGUCUCCGCUGAGGGCUCGUCUCAUCUUCACUCAUCAUCCACGCUUUCAACAAGCAGCUUGUCGCUGAACGGAUCGGGCAAGGAGAGAUGGCAGUCUUCCUCCAGCGACUAUGAGCGCUCGCCCGGGGCAUCGUAUCUCACCCCGCGAUCGUAUCCGACCAUGAGUUUCAGCACGGAGAGGACGGAGCGCACUACUCAAGCCAGCUUCAGCUCACCCAAUGCAUCGUUCGCCACCCCGCGCCCCCCACUCACAAGCUUCAGCACUGACCGUGUAUACACGCGCCCGAGCUUCGGUUCUCAAAGCACGGAGAAGGCGAGGGAGCGUCCCAGUAUUGAGAUUCUGCGCCCGGCUUUAGCCGCCCCCUCUACGCCUACACGCCAGCUGAGCUUUACGACGGAGGACUCGAUCGAGUUCACGCCCAUCGGGCGCCCACUGACCCUGUCGCCGUCGUACUCUCGCUCCCUAGCCCCCUCUCCUUACUCAGACUAUGGCGAACACCCGAACUCAUCGCCCCAACGCUCUCUCAACACAGCCGCAAGCUUCAGCACACAGCGUAGCACGGCAUCGGCUAACAAUGCGAGCAUGGGUCUCGCGCUCCGGCUACAGCAGGUUAGCGCUGUGCCGACGCUCACGACGCUGCCGUCUCCCUCGGCCAACACAUUCCAACGGCCCGCUAAGCCCGACAUGCCCUCGUCGCCCGCCAGCUGUCCGAUCAUUCCUCCCAUCGAGACACUUGCCGCAGAUCCUGACAUUUACAUAUUCCAACGCUCAUUAACACGCAAUCCCCCAAGUUCGCCGGACACCGCCCCAGGCUCAGCUUCUCAUCACGUUUCGUACCUUGGCUACGCUACAAGCUCACAUUCGCCUCUCCUCCCCUCUCACGCGCCGCCCACAGGUCUGGGCGCGUUACGUAGGUCGGGCAGCUUUGCACAUCUUGACAAGAGACACAGUCUGCCUUCCAAGACGCAGCUGCAUGAUCUUGACACCCAGAGUCUGCAGCACUCGCGCUCGCUCCUCUCACUCCCAUCCGUGCCGUCCGUGGCAGGUGUGGGACUAUUUCUGAAUGAUAUGGACGCUAUCUCGCUCGGAGGGACGCACGAGGGGACGCACGAGGGGACGCACGAGGGGACGCACGAGGGGACGCACGAGGGGACGCACGAGGGGACGCACGAGGGGACGCACGAGGGGACGUACGACGGCCAGACGCGAAUCCCCGUCAGCAGCGAUGGGUACGGCGCAGGACGUCGCGAAGCCGGUUCGCAUGGCUCCGUCAUCACCUGGCCGCACACGCCGCUGUCUGCCACUCCCAAGACAAAAGUGCCUGCCCCUGUGCUUGCAAAGUCUGGCUCCGCGCCCAGGACUCUGGCGGAGGAGUAUGCCGCCCCCGUUGCGCAACGCCCAGCCCACUUCCUAGACUCAACGGGGCAAACCGUCGGGCGCGUUGCACGCACCCUCCGCAGCAUCCAAAGUCUUGGGGCUCUGCGCCCCGCCGCAUCUCUGCAGUCGCUGCGAGCCAAAUUUGCAAAGCGGCCAAGCGACAGUGCUCCACGCCCCCGCCUAACAUCGAAGGAGAAGAAGCGCGCGGUGCUCCCGAGUCUGUCCGACCGCCCACUGCCUUCGACACCGAGCAGUUACCGGGGAGGCGUUCCCGGUUCACCCGCCCCUCGGCGCUCUUCCCUAAUGCCCAGAGAGGGUAUAGAGUCCUCCUCUCUCCGCUACAACAAGACCCCUGCUCAGGAUCCAAGGAGCAAACCCCCUAAACCUUCUACGCGCCUCCGUCUCCGCCGGCCAAAGUCAUAUCUUUUGCGGUAUGAUGUUGCGACGACUGAGGCAGAGGAAAGUGAGCGGCAACUCCUCGAGCGUAUUGAAUUGCACGGGAGGCGACGCAAGAGUCGACUCAAGGCGUUAAACCUGCAUGGGAUGUUGUGAGUAGACCUGGGCGCGCCGCAGAGUUAAGCUAGAGAAGAGGACGGCUAAACAGGGCGCUGUGAG